GAUGAUGAACGACUCUCUGCAGAAGAGAUGGAUGAGCGGAGGCGGCAGAACAUUGCUUAUGAGUAUUUGUGCCACCUAGAGGAAGCCAAAAGGUGGAUGGAAGUCUGCUUAGUUGAAGAAUUGCCACCAACCACUGAACUGGAAGAAGGGCUCAGGAACGGAGUUUACCUUGCAAAGUUAGCCAAGUUCUUUGCCCCUAAAUUGAUAUCAGAGAAAAAGAUCUAUGAUGUGGAACAAACACGUUAUAAGAAGUCUGGCCUUCAUUUUCGACACACAGAUAAUACCGUCCAGUGGUUAAGAGCAAUGGAGUCUAUUGGUCUCCCUAAGAUAUUUUAUCCAGAAACCACAGAUGUCUAUGAUCGGAAAAACAUACCAAGAAUGAUAUAUUGCAUUCAUGCUCUGAGUUUAUAUCUGUUCAAACUAGGAAUAGCACCCCAGAUCCAAGACUUGUUGGGCAAAGUAGACUUCACAGAGGAGGAAAUCAGUAAUAUGAGAAAGGAACUUGAUAAAUAUGGAAUCCAGAUGCCAUCUUUCAGCAAAAUAGGUGGCAUUCUGGCUAAUGAACUGUCCGUGGAUGAAGCUGCUUUGCACGCUGCAGUUAUAGCCAUUAAUGAAGCUAUUGAGAAAGGAAUAGCAGAGCAGACCAUUGUAACGCUAAGAAACCCAAAUGCAGUUUUAACUUUAGUGGAUGACAACCUUGCGCAAGAAUAUCAGAAAGAACUCUGGGAAGCCAAAAAGAGAAAAGGGGAAAAUGCAAAACUAAAGAAUAGCUGUAUUUCAGAAGAAGAAAGAGAUGCAUAUGAAGAACUGCUGACGCAAGCAGAAAUCCAAGGCGGUAUCAAUGAAGUCAACAGACAAGCUGCCGUGGACCACAUCAAUGCUGUGAUUAGGGAAGGCGACCCUGAGAAGACUCUGCUUGCUCUGAAGAAACCUGAAGCCCAGCUACCGGCUGUUUAUCCCUUUGCGGCUGCUAUGUAUCAGCACGAACUUUUCAACCUCCAGAAUCAGAAUGCUAUGAACUACCUGGCCCAUGAAGAACUGUUGAUUGCAGUGGAAAUGUUGUCUGCUGUUGCUUUACUAAACCAAGCUCUGGAAACCAGUGAUCUUGUGUCUGUGCAAAAUCAACUCAGAAGCCCAACUAUAGGCUUCAACAAUCUGGAUGAGGUGUAUGUGGAACGUUAUGCAAAUGCACUACUGGCGCUUAAACUUGAAGUCUUAUCACAAGGGCAAGAAAACUUAAGCUGGAAUGAAAUUCAGAGUUGUAUUGAUAUGGUUAAUUUCCAAAUUCAAGAAGAAAAUGAUCGAAUUGUAGCUGUAGGAUAUAUCAAUGAAGCUAUUGAUGAGGGAAAUCCUUUGAAGACUUUAGACACCUUGCUGUUACCUACCGCUAAGAUUAGAAAUGUUGACCCAAACUUUGCUCAGCACUACCAGGACGUAUUAUACCAGGCUAAAUUGCAGAAACUCAGGGAUUCUGAGUCUGCUUCCAAAGUUCUUUGGCUGGAGGAGAUACAGCAGGCGGUCGAUGAGGCCAACAUGAACAAGGACAGAGUGAGAAGAUGGGUCACUCUGGUCAUUGAUGUUAACCAGUUUUUGGAAGGAGAAAAGUCAAGUGAUAUUUUGUCUAUAUUGACAUCUUCCAGUCAGAAUCCAAAUGACAUAAUCCCUGAGUGUGCUGACAAGUACUACGAUGCUCUUCUGAAGGCAAAAGAGUGCAAAUCUGAACACGUGUGUAAUGAAGGUCCGUGGCUCAAGUUCACUCUGCAGGACAAAUAUGAGUAUUAUUACAACAUUGAUUCAAAAGAGAGCUCCUGGAAAAUGCCUGAAUUAUGCUCACUUAAAGAAUCAUGGCUCAUGGGAAAAGACAUUGAGGACAUUAUUUCAGAAAUUACAGCAAGUUACAUUCGUGAGAAGAUAUGGUCUGCUUCAGAAGACUUGAUCCUUCGGUUUAAAGCAACAAAUUCAGGACACCUCCUUAGUGAAGAGUUUGAAGCUAGGAAAUCAUUUUUGUAUGAUCAAGAAGCAUCUGUCAUCAAAAUACAGGCUUUUUGGAAGGGAUGUAAACAACGGAAAGCGUAUUCUCACAGGCGGCAAAUGUUCAUUGAUAAUCUUGCAUCUGUUGUAAAGAUCUCUUUACUGAAGCAGUGUUCCUACAGUCUUGCUGUUAUCAUUUUUGCUAGUUUAUCUGACCUUUUCCUCAAAGAAAAUGGAAGAAAAAAUGAAAUUGUGAAAAUACAGUCACUUUUGAGAGCAAACAAAGCUAGAGAUGACUACAAAACAUUGGUUGGUUCUGAAAACCCACCAUUGCCAGUAAUUCGCAAGUUUGUACACCUGUUGGACCAAAGUGACUUAGAUUUCCAGGAGGAGCUAGAGGUAGCACGAUUAAGGGAAGAAGUGGUGACCAAAAUCAGAGCCAACCAGCAGCUAGAGAAGGACCUCAACUUAAUGGACAUCAAGAUUGGACUCCUAGUGAAGAACAGGAUCACACUGCAGGAUGUAAUUUCCCACAGCAAGAAGCUAAAUAAGAAAAAAGGAGGAGAAAUGCAAAUAUUGAAUAACACUGACAACCAGGGAAUCAAAAGUUUGAGUAAAGAAAGGAGAAAAACACUAGAAACAUACCAGCAGCUGUUUUACCUUUUACAGACCAAUCCUUUAUACCUGGCUAAGCUGAUUUUCCAGAUGCCACAAAACAAGUCAACUAAAUUCAUGGAUACUGUUAUAUUCACACUCUAUAAUUAUGCUUCUAACCAACGAGAAGAAUAUCUACUCCUCAAGCUGUUUAAAACUGCUCUAGAGGAAGAAAUACAAUCUAAGGUGGAUCAGGUACAGGACAUCGUUACUGGAAACCCUACAGUCAUCAAGAUGGUCGUCAGCUUCAACAGAGGUGCCCGUGGACAGAACACCCUGCGGCAGCUGCUGGCUCCAGUGGUGAAGGAGAUCAUCAAUGACAAAUCCCUGAUCAUUAACACAAACCCAGUAGAGGUAUACAAGACUUGGGUGAACCAAUUAGAAACACAGACCGGAGAGGCCAGCAAGCUACCUUAUGAUGUGACCACAGAACAAGCUUUAACAUACCCAGAAGUGAAAAACAGACUGGAAGCAUCCAUUGAGAACCUAAGAAGGGUCACUGACAAAGUCCUGAACUCUAUCAUUUCUUCCCUUGAUCUACUACCUUAUGGAUUGAGGUAUAUAGCCAAAGUACUGAAGAAUUCGAUCCAUGAGAAAUUUCCUGAUGCAACAGAAGAUGAGCUAUUAAAGAUUGUUGGAAACCUCCUGUACUAUCGGUACAUGAACCCAGCCAUCGUGGCUCCUGAUGGCUUUGAUAUCAUUGACAUGACAGCCGGUGGCCAAAUAAAUUCUGACCAGAGGAGAAACUUGGGAUCAGUGGCCAAGGUUCUUCAGCAUGCAGCCUCCAACAAGCUGUUUGAGGGAGAAAAUGAGCAUCUGUCCUCUAUGAACAAUUAUUUGUCAGAGACCUAUCAGGAAUUCAGGAAAUAUUUCCAAGAAGCAUGUAACGUUGCUGAGCCAGAAGAGAAGUUUAAUAUGGACAAGUACACAGACGUGGUGACAGUCAGCAAGCCAGUCAUUUACAUUUCGAUUGAAGAAAUCAUCAGCACCCACUCACUCCUGUUGGAACACCAGGAUGCAAUUGCACCUGAAAAAAAUGAUUCACUGAAUGAAUUGUUGGAGAUGCUGGGAGAGGUACCUAGUGUGGAAUCUUUUCUUGGGGAAGGAGCUGUUGACCGCAAUGACCCUAACAAGGAAAAUACUCUAAGUCAACUCUCAAAGACUGAGAUCUCCCUGUCCUUGACAAGCAAGUAUGACUUACAGGAUGGUGAAGCUAUAGACGGCCAAAGCCUCAUGAUAAAGACCAAAAAGCUGGUAAUUGAUGUGAUCCGGAACCAGCCAGGGAGCAUAUUGACAGAAAUUUUAGAGACACCAGCAACUCCACAACAGGAACUAGAUCACACAAAAGACAUGUUGAGCCGUGCCAUUAUAGAUUCCAGAACGCCAGAAGAAAUGAAGCAUAGCCAGUUCAUGAUUGAAGACGCACAACUGCCUCUUGAGCAGAAGAAGAGGAAAAUCCAGAGGAAUCUCCGGACAUUGGAACAGACUGGACACGUGUCAUCCAAAAAUAAAUACCAAGAUGUUCUCAAUGAGAUUGCCAAGGAUAUUCGGAAUCAAAGAAUCUAUCGCAAGCUUCGAAAAGCCGAAUUGUCAAAACUUCAGCAAACCCUGAAAGCUCUGAAUGAGAAGGCAGCAUUCUAUGCAGAACAAAUUAAUUAUUAUGACACCUACAUAAAGACUUGCUUAGACAACUUGAAUAGAAAAAAUACUCGGAGAUCAAUUAAACUCGAUGGAAAAGGAGAACCCAAAGGGCCAAAGAGAGCAAAGCUUGUGAAGUACACUGCAGCAAGGCUGCAUGAGAAGGGUGUCCUGUUGGGGAUAGAUGAUCUCCAAACCAACCAGUUUAAAAAUGUUACAUUUGAUAUCAUGUCUACUGAAGAUGUGGGCAUCUUUGACGUCAGAGCAAAAUUCCUGGGUGUGGAAAUGGAAAAGGUGCAGCUCAAUAUUCAGGAUUUACUUCAGAUGCAGUAUGAAGGAGUGGCUGUAAUGAAAAUGUUUGAUAAGGUUAAAGUGAAUGUAAACCUUCUUAUUUACCUGCUGAACAAGAAAUUCUAUGGAAAGUGA